AUGGCCAGAACCAAGCAGACAGCCCGUAAGUCCACCGGCGGGAAAGCUCCCCGCAAGCAGCUGGCCACUAAGGCCGCCAGGAAGAGCGCCCCCGCCACUGGCGGAGUCAAGAAGCCUCACCGCUACCGGCCCGGGACCGUCGCUCUCCGGGAGAUCCGGCGCUACCAGAAGUCCACCGAGCUGCUCAUCCGGAAGCUGCCCUUCCAGCGCCUGGUGAGAGAGAUCGCCCAGGACUUCAAGACCGACCUUCGCUUCCAGAGCUCGGCCGUCAUGGCCCUGCAGGAGGCCAGCGAGGCUUACCUGGUCGGGCUCUUCGAGGACACCAACCUCUGCGCCAUCCACGCCAAGCGGGUCACCAUCAUGCCCAAGGAUAUCCAGCUGGCCCGCAGGAUCCGAGGGGAGAGGGCUUAGAUCUGCGCCCCGCACCCAACAAAGGCUCUUCUCAGAGCCACCACCUCCUCCAGAGACGAGCUCCACUCCGCCCUUCAUCCUCCACCUCUGCUCACAGGAGGCGGGUUA